CCCCCCCUGUCCGCCUGUUCCUCCUCCUUCUCCUCCUCCUCUCGGGCAGGCGGCGGCGGCGGCGGCUGCUGCGGGGCCGCGCGGAGCCUUCUCCACCCGCUCGCCAGGGCCGCCCAGGCCGGACUCCCAGGCCGGAUAUGGCUCGUGGACAGCAGAAGAUUCAGUCACAGCAGAAAAAUGCCAAAAAGCAAGCUGAGCAAAAAAAGAAACAAGGACAUGAUCAGAAGGCUGCAGCCAAGGCUGCCUUGAUAUAUACCUGCACCGUCUGUAGGACACAAAUGCCGGAUCCCAAGACCUUCAAACAGCACUUUGAAAGCAAGCAUCCUAAGACUCCACUUCCUCCAGAAUUGGCUGAUGUUCAGGCGUAAAGUUGUCUACAGGUGAAAUCAUGGCACCUAUUGACUCUUCUACUGUCAGACCUUACAUAACAAACCUGCAGCUGCUUUUCUAAAACUGUUGAUCAGCAAAAAUGAAGGGGCUACAGAAACAUUCAUAUUUUUAUGCUGUUCCCUCUUGGGCUUCAUGCAAAGACAAUUCUGUGUAAAUGUACAGUUGUGCCCUAUUUGGAAAUCCUGAAAAAUCAGUCCAUACUUGUUAUAAAAAAUUUUUUACAAUUGUAAUUAUAUUGAUGUUCAUAUUGUGUAAAAUAACUCAUUUAAUAAAGUAGUACUUUGAUUUUACAAUAUCACAGAUUAAAUCCUUGUAGAAGUUCUGUUUCAACUUUCUGCAUUAUCUGCCUUAUAAAAAAGACAAAGUGGAAUUUUCCCCAUCCUGCCAAAACAUGAGCAGUAUCAUUCCACUGAAAGUAAUGUACAUUACAGUAAAUUAAGAUUAAGUGAAAAGGGAAGCUGCUCAGAUUUACUGUUCAGUGUGCUGCCCGCUUGAGCCCAGUCACUAGUGGUCAGGUUGUUGGCUCAGGGCGCAGCAGACUUCCUAGAAGCUGCAUGAGAAUCGUGAGACUUCCUUCUACAUUUUUGUCCUAUGUAUUGGAGUCUAAUACUGCAAGCCAUUUCGAAUGGGAUUUCUUUACUGUGAGGAAUCAUGUUCCUUGAAGUCAUGCACUGGAGAGACCCUGGUUAUGCUUGUUGUCCUUUAUAUUCGGUAGAUGACUGAGGAAGCUGAGAGGUGGCAGGAUUGAAUGCUUCUGGGUACGCUGGCUUCAAAAAUGCUCGCAAAUAUUAGGUUAAAGCAACUCUGCUCUUAGUUGAAAAAUUGUUUUGAAAAGAUUUUUAAUGAUAUUUUGAGCAGUCAACCACGCAUGUUCCUCCUCAAAUGUGUCUGGUUAUUUCAGUAGCAUAUUUCAAGAAAUAUGCAAAAUAGCUAGCCAUUAAUAACCUUUCUUCACAACCAGCUUAAAAUAAGCCUGUUGGAAAAGAGCCAAAGUAACUAAAAUAAUAUGGCUACUUUAAGAGUUCAGAUGUGAUUAAAGUUGCAUUGAUAACAAAAAGCUGGAUAAUAACACUCUGGCCAAGAACAUUUGAGCAGCUAAACAUAAUUACCCUUAAAGUGUUCUGGGCUCAGUUCUAAUCCCAGAUGUACAGCACAGAAGUAGUGGGGAAACAUCUGAAUUGUGCUAGAAGGUCUGCUAUACAAACUCCCAUCUUUGGCAUUUGGAGGGGGCUUAUUUAAGAGCCUUAGUUUUGACCUUGCAGUAAGAAGCAAUACUAGAAUUGCUGUGAUUUACUGAGGUUACAACGGAUGUAAAAAUUCUGGCAGUCCAAGUAACCCUUGCUAUGCAGCAGGACUGUACAUCUGACCUUCAAAUGGCUUCCUAAAAUCUAGGACCAUAGUCUCAAAGACUCAUUCACUUAAAAGAAUGCACUUGGUAUUUUAUUAUAUAAAGUCAAAGCCUUUGUCUUCGUCCACUCGUUUGCUCUUUAUUGAACUACUUCUGUGAGACUAGCUUCCUGUCCUCUUUGCUGUGACAGUAUCUCUGUAAAUACUUACUUUGGCAUAAAGUUUCUCUGUAUUAUAGUCACUUCAGGAUAACCUGUAUACCACUUAACUUUUAUAGAUAAUGUUGUUCUCUGAGAGUGAUCCACUACUGCACUUGUACACCUGACAUCAGAAUGUAAUGCUUCAUUUAUUUUUCUUUAAUGUUAUCAAUACAUAUAUCCUGACAAACUGGCUCCCACAAGGCAAGAAAUCUGCUCUCGACUUUUGUGCUGUAUGGGGGGGAGGUACUUAAAUGUUCUGAUGCUGUAGUUUGUCUAAAAAUACGCUGAGUGCAAAUGGAUAAAGAUGUUCUUGCACUGAUUGGUAUUUGGUAAUCUGGUUUUACUUUGGAAAAUGUUCUGGGAUGUAUCCCUAUAGCUUGGUCCUGAGGUGAAGUAUAUGUUCUACUCCUUCAAUUCAGAUUGUGUAGCAUUAAAUAAAAAGAUUUUGUUUCAUAAA